GCUACGAUGACGGGAGCGGCGGCGGCGGCGGCGGCGGUCUGGUGGACGGCAGUGGUGCUGGGAACGGCCCGAGGGGCCCUGGCCAGCAGAGGUAUGGAGCACUCCCAAGGACUGGUGAUUGUGGAAAAGAUGGAGAACGUCACAGCUCUGGCCGCCCGGUCGGCCAAAAUCACCUGCAGAACCACCAACCUGGCCGACCGAAAGGUGGCCUGGAUCCGGCGCACGGGUGCCGCCGUGCUGGCCGUGCACACCACGCGCAUCUCUCCCGACACGCGGAUCCGCGUGACGCACGAGAACGGCCGCACGUGGCACCUGCACAUCGACAGCGUGCGGCCGACUGACCAGGACUGGUACACGUGCCAGGUGAACACGCCCAACGUCACGCAGCAGCACGCCUUCCUCGAGGUCACCGGUGAGUGCCGCGCGGAGCGGCGAGUGAGGGGCGGCAGAGGGAGGAAUGGUGACGAAUGA